CCCGUUUCAAUGGUCUCGGGUUUGUACGCAUGUUCGGGACUCCCGACACUUCUAAAGCCACACAAACGAAUACCGACCACCCUUUCUCCGUCUCCCCCUCCGCGCUGCGCCCAGUGAAUGCCAUCGGCAGCUUAUCUCUGACCACUUUCUCUCUCCUCUCAUCGGAGAAAACAUGCAGUCGAUUUCCAGGCGAUUAGCACAGCAAUCUCCUUCAAUCUCAUCUAUCAGAUAUCUUUACUCGCUUUCCGAUCCUCGUUACGGUGCUGAUCAUUCGAGGUAUGGAUCUACUCUCGCUACUAAAGGUGGUGUGCCCUUAAUCAGAAAGGGAACUGGUGGGAGAUCAUCUCUUAGUGGCAUUGUAGCAACAGUAUAUGGAGCAACUGGUUUUCUUGGACCUUACCUUGUACAACAACGUGGAGCAUCUUAUCACCCCUUUCCUAUAACAAAUGGAAUCCUUGAUAAAUACGCAAAAUUGUCUCGAAGACUUCAGGUGCAUUCAGAAGCGAGAAGAUUAUAUUCAGAAAGCGCUGCAGAUUGUAGCUCUGAGUCUAGUGGGAGCAUAACUGAAGCACCGUCGGCUGAUGCUCAAAAUGAAUUGAGCAAAAAUAUUAUGAGCAACUUGAAAACAUCCUCGAGGCAUGAUCUUGCCAUGGUUUUUACAUGUAAAGUUUGUGAGACAAGACAAAUGAAGUCGUGUUGCCGUGAAUCAUAUGAGAAAGGUGUAGUUGUUGUACGUUGUAAUGGAUGUGAUAAUCUUCAUCUCAUUGUAGAUCGACUUGGAUGGUUUGGGGAGCCAGGGAGCAUCGAGGAGCUUCUUGCUACACGCAAGGAAACGGUAAAAAAGGGUUCUGUUGAUUCCUUAAAUUUGACUCUCGAAGAUUUGGCUGGGGUGAAGCUUGAAAAGCAUUACUAGUUUAGGUUUGUUCUCUAUGUUGUUUUAUUUAGAAGUGUAUAUAUAAUUACCGAAAAGUGGGAUUUACAUUACGGAGCUAAAAUUUGAAUAUUAAGCAGUCGUUAGGUGCUUUUGAUUUAAACGUUAAUGGUCCCUCAUCUCACCCUUCUCACUAAAGAUGAUGGUCAUGAAGCAAGAGUAGAAUGCCUGGAUUAGGUUGUUUCAUUCUAUAGAUUUUGGUAUGUAUUGUAUGUAAAAUGAUAUGCCACUCUAUAUAUGUUAAUGAUUAAAGUAUGGAAUGGAUUGUACAA